AUGGCCACCUCUAUAAAACCGCUCAAAGGAGUGAAGGUCAUCGAGUUCGGCGGUCUAGCCCCAGUUCCACAUUGUGGAUUGAUUUUGGCCGAUUUUGGAGCUGAUGUUACUGUCAUAGAGAAGAAAGGUGGCGGUGAAGUGGAACAACGUCUGAAUCGAGGAAAGAAAUCGAUUGAAGUCGACCUAAAAUCUAAGGAUGAUUUGGCUAAAAUCCGCGACUCCUGCUUGAAUUCUGACGUCAUUCUGGAUCCUUAUCGACCGGGAGUACUGGAAAAGCUUGGGCUGGAUCCGGUUGAGCUACUCAAGGAGAAUAAAGGCCUCAUCGUGUGCCGGCUGACCGGAUAUGGACAAUUCGGACCGAUGUCUCAGGAAGCUGGGCAUGAUAUUAACUACGCAGCGAUCACCGGUUUGAUGCCAACUCUAGCCGGGCAUAAUCGUCGACCUUGGCCCCCAGCCAAUCUAUUGGCUGAUUUUGCGGGCGGUGGCUUGACCGCGGCUUUUGGGAUUGUUUCCGCUCUUUUUAAUCGUAAUUCUAAUGGUGGUCACGGCUGUAUCAUCGACGCCUCCAUGACCGAGGGAAUGGCUUAUUUGGGUACAUUUGUUACAAUGUACAAGGAUAUGGAUAUGCUAUGGAAUAUUCCAUACGCUUCCUUCUCCGGGGAUUGCCCUAUUUACAGAACUUAUGAAACGAAAGAUAAUAAGUUCAUGUCGGUCGGCGCGUUGGAGCCAAGAUUUACUCAAAUUCUACUUGAUGCCCUGGACAUCGAUCUGACCAUCGGGGAUAUUUAUUCAAGACCCGCUGAAGUUGUCGAGAUCCUCGAAAAGACCUUCAAAUCCAAAACCCGCGACGAGUGGACAAAAAUAUUUGAAGGAAAAGACGCGUGCGUGGCCCCCGUUCUCGACAUCCACGAAGCCGGCAAUUUUGCUCACAAUUCGGCUCGAAAGACGUUUGAGAAGGAGGGGGAGAAGUGGAUUCCAGGGCCGGCGCCGAGGCUGUAUACCAAGGAAGAGUUCAAAAGGAUUACCGAGGCUACAGGGAAAUCGAAGCUA